UGUUCCUUGCUGCCUCCUCCUCCUAGCUUUGCAGUCUGGAGGAGGACACAGGACAUCUGAAGUACAGAAUUUCUUAAGUUCCUUUUCUGACAGCAGUGGUUUAACACAAGUUUUGAAACAAUGCUUCGGGUGAUUGUGGAAUCUGCUACCAAUAUCCCUAAAACUAAAUUUGGAAAACCGGAUCCUAUUGUUUCUGUUAUUUUUAAAGAUGAAAAAAAGAAAACAAAGAAAAUUGAUAGUGAACUCAACCCUGUUUGGAACGAGAUUCUUGAAUUUGAUUUGAAAGGGAUAGCACUCGAUGUUUCAUCAUCCCUGACCAUUAUUGUGAAAGAUUUUGAAACAAUAGGACAAAACAAAUUAAUUGGAAAUGCAUCAGUAGCACUUAAGGAACUUGUAGGCAACCAGAGUAGAUCUCUUCCCUUCAAGCUUAUUUCCCUGCUAAAUGAAAGGGGAGAGAACACGGGCGCAACAAUUGAUGUAGUGGUAGGAUAUGAGCCACCAGCAAAUCCAAAUGAUCCAGGGGGGACCAAUGCACAAGGCACUGCAGAUGGAGAAGAAGAUGGAAGUUAUGAGGAUGGGGCUGAUGGUACAGUUGGUGGCAUUGCACCAGCAGUUCCAGGUGACACAAAGGAAGCCCAGCUUGCUCGGCGUAUCACUAAAGGAAAGAAAACACGGAGAAUCCUUUCUAACAAACCCCAAGACUUCCAGAUUCGUGUUAGGGUCAUUGAAGGUCGUCAGUUGUCUGGAAAUAACAUAAAACCAGUAGUCAAAGUUCAUGUUUGUGGGCAGACACACCGAACAAGAAUCAAAAGAGGAAACAAUCCAUAUUUUGAUGAGAUAUUCUUCUACAAUGUCCGCAUGACCCCUUUAGAGCUGCUUGAUGAAACAAUAAGCAUUCGGGUGUAUGAUUCUUCUUCUUUACGAGCAGACUCUCUGAUGGGAGAAUUUAAGAUUGACAUUGGCUUUGUUUAUGAUGAACCUGGCCAUGCAGUCAUGAGAAAAUGGCUUCUUUUGAGUGACCCCGAAGACACAAAUUCAGGAGCUAAAGGCUAUCUGAAAGUCAGCAUGUUCGUCCUGGGGGCAGGAGAUGAGCCACCAAUGGAAAAAAGAGAACGAGAUAAUGAAAAUGAUGAUGUGGAGAGUAAUCUUUUACUGCCGGCUGGAAUUGCACUUCGAUGGGUCACUUUUCUUCUUAAAAUCUACAGAGCCGAGGAUAUUCCCCAGAUGGAUGAUGCUUUUGCGCAGACUGUUAAGGAAAUAUUUGGAGGUGAUGCAGACAAGAAAAACCUAGUAGAUCCAUUUGUGGAAGUUUGUUUUGCUGGAAAAAAGGUUUGCACAAAUAUAAUUGAGAAAAAUGCUAAUCCCGAAUGGAAUCAAGUUGUUAAUCUUCAAAUCAAGUUUCCCUCAAUGUGUGAAAAAAUAAGAUUAACAGUUUUUGACUGGGAUCGUCUUACAAAAAAUGAUGCAGUAGGAGCAACGUAUUUAAGUCUCUCCAAAAUUGCUUCUUCUGGUGGAGAAGUAGAAGAAUUUUCAUCUUCGGGAACUGGGGCUUCAUCAUAUGAAGCGAACACAGGGGAAACAGAGGUGGGCUUUUUACCAACAUUUGGGCCCUGUUACCUAAACCUUUAUGGAAGCCCAAGAGAAUACACUGGAUUCCCAGACCCCUAUGAUGAACUAAACUCUGGAAAGGAUGAAGGAGUUGCUUACAGAGGCAGAAUCCUAGUUGAACUAUCUACAAUACUUGACAGUAAAUCUGUGAAUAAAAAGAUAGAGGCGAUCUCCAGUGAUGACAUAUUGGUUGUUGAGAAAUAUCAGCGCAGACGAAAGUUCAGCCUUUCAGCUGUGUUUCAUUCUGCUACCAUGCUGCAAGAUAUUGGUGAGGCUAUCCAGUUUGAGGUUAGCAUUGGUAAUUAUGGGAACAAGUUUGACACUACCUGUAAGCCUUUGGCAUCAACAACUCAAUACAGCCGUGUUGUAUUUGAUGGUAACUACUAUUAUUACCUGCCAUGGGUAAACAGAAAGCCAGUAGUUACACUGACUUCCUAUUGGGAGGACAUAAGUCAUCGACUAGACCCGGUGAACCUAAUCCUAACCAUGGCUGAAAGACUGCAAUCCAACAUAGCUGCCCUAAAGUCAGGAAUACAGGCUAAAGUUACUGAAAACCAGUUGCAAAAGAUACAGCAGAAGCUGAUCGAUGAACUUAUAGAAGAUACAAGUAAGCCGUUUCCUCUCUUAGAAGCCAAAUCCAAUGUCACAGUCCUUGACACACAGAUACAAAACCUGCGCCGCAGGUCUCUCAAACACAUUCUAGAGGCAGCAACAAGGAUGAGAAAUGACGCUACCGAUGUGAAGGCAACUUUGGCAGAAAUCGAAGACUGGUUGGAUAAAUUAAUGCAAUUGACCGAAGAGCCACAAAACAGUAUUCCUGAUGUGAUCAUCUGGAUGAUCCGGGGAGAGAAGAGACUAGCUUAUGCCCGCAUUCCCGCACACCAGGUUUUGUAUUCUACUACAAGUACUGAAGCAUCUGGUAAAUACUGUGGAAAGACCCAGACCAUCUUUCUAAAGUACCCACAGGACAAGAACAAAGGUGCCAAAAUUCCAGUGCAGCUGCGAGUUAACAUUUGGCUUGGGUUGACUAAAGAUGAUAAGAAGUUUAAAAGCUUUGCAGAAGGAACAUUCAGUGUUUUUGCAGAAAUGUAUGAAAAUCAGGCUCUUAUGUUUGGAAAGUGGGGCACCUCAGGACUAGUCGGUCGCCACAAGUUUUCUGAUGUCACAGGAAAAAUUAAAUUGAAAAGAGAAUUCUUUUUGCCCCCAAAGGGCUGGGAGUGGGAAGGAGAAUGGAUGGUUGAUCCUGAAAGAAGUUUGCUGACUGAAGCUGAUGCGGGUCAUAGUGAGUUUACAGAUGAAGUGUACCAAAAUGAGAGUCGUUAUCCUGCAGGAGAAUGGAAAGCAGCUGAGGAGCCCUACACAGAUGUGAAUGGAGAAAAAACUGCACCAUCUGGUGAGAUUACCUGUCCCCCUGGUUGGAUCUGGGAGGAUGAUGCUUGGAUAUAUGAUAUAAAUCGAGCGGUGGAUGAGAAAGGAUGGGAAUAUGGAAUUACCAUUCCUCCAGACAAUAAGCCAAAGUCCUGGGUUGCUGCAGAGAAAAUGUAUCAUACACACAGACGGCGAAGACUGGUGCGAAAACGCAAAAAGGAUCCCAGCCAAGCAACAGGAGUAAAGGUAAUGGCAUCCUAUGAAGAUCAAGAAGGAUGGGAAUAUGCAUCUUUGAUUGGCUGGAAGUUUCACUGGAAACAAUGCAGUUCUGAUACAUUCCGCCGUAGACGCUGGAGGAGAAAAAUGGCUCCUUCAGACACACAUGGUGCAGCAGCUAUCUUUAAACUUGAAGGUGCUCUUGGAGCAGACACUAGCCUUGAUGAUGAAGAGGGGAAGAGUUCCGAAAAAGCCAAGGAAUCUGCCACACGUGUAUUUGGUGCCAACACUCCAAUUGUUUCCUGCAGUUUUGACAGAGUGUAUAGUUACCACCUUCGCUGCUACAUCUAUCAGGCAAGAAAUCUUAUUGCUUUAGACAAAGACAGCUUUUCAGAUCCAUAUGCUCAUGUUUCAUUCCUCCAUCAAAGCAAAACAACUGAGAUCAUCCCUACAACUCUGAAUCCUAUGUGGGACCAAACGCUCAUAUUUAAUGAAAUUGAAAUCUAUGGAGACCCACAGACAGUAAUGCAAAAUCCACCUAAUGUGGUUAUUGAACUUUUUGACAAUGACCAAGUGGGCAAAGAUGAGUUUCUAGGAAGAAGUGUUUGCUCUCCUAUGGUAAAGCUAACCCCAGGAGUGGAUGACACACCUAAGCUUCUCUGGUAUCCUGUAAUGAAUGGAGGAAAAGCUUGUGGGAGCAUCCUUUUAGCUGCAGAGCUUAUUCUGAGGGACAAGGAUGGCUCCAACCUUCCAAUUCUUCCAUCACAAAAAGCACCAAAGCUUUACAUGGUACCUCAAGGAAUUAGACCUGUUGUUCAGCUCACUGCUAUUGAGAUUCUUGCCUGGGGGUUACGGAACAUGAAAAACUACCAAAUGGCUUCUGUUACUUCUCCAAGUCUCGUUGUAGAGUGCGGUCGUAAAAUGGUGGAGUCUGUAGUGAUCAAAAACCUCAAAAAGACACCAAAUUUUCCAUGUUCUGUUCUCUUCAUGGAAGUGCUUUUGCCCAAAGAGGAGCUAUACGCUCCAUCACUAGUUAUUAAAGUGAUAGACCACAGACAGUUCGGACGGAAACCAGUUGUGGGACAGUGUACCAUUGAGUCCCUAGAAGACUUUCGCUGUGACCCCUACGCUACUACAGAAGACAUUGCACCACAACUAAAAGUUAGCCUCCUGUCUGCUGUGCCUCGUCGGGAUGUGGUCAUUGAAGUGGAAGACACAAAGCCACUACUAGCAGCUCAGCUUACAGAAAAGGAAGAAGAGAUUGUUGAUUGGUGGAGCAAAUUUUACGCUUCAGUGGGAGAGCAUGAAAAAUGUGGACAAUAUAUUCAAAAAGGAUAUGACACUUUAAAGGUGUAUGAUUGUGAACUAGAGGAGGUACCUGAAUUUAAGCACUUGACAGAUUUCUGUGAUACAUUUAAGCUGUACAGAGGCAAAUCGGAGGACAAUGAUGACCCUUCAGUGGUAGGAGAAUUUAAGGGCUCCUUUAGAAUCUAUCCAUUAUCAGAUGAUCCCGCUGUACCAGUUCCUCCUCGUCAAUUCCGUGAGUUACCAGAGAGUGGACCUCAGGAGUGCAUUGUGCGAAUUUAUAUAAUUAGAGCCUUAGAUCUCCAACCCCAGGAUAACAAUGGGCUGUGUGAUCCUUAUAUAAAAAUAACCUUAAAUAAAAAAGUAAUUGAAGACAGAGAUCAUUAUGUUCCCAAUACUCUCAACCCAGAUUUUGGCAGAAUGUAUGAACUCAGCUGCUUCUUGCCUCAAGAGAAGGAUCUGAAAAUUGCAGUCUAUGAUUAUGAUAUGCUGACUCGUGAUGAAAAAGUUGGUGAAACCAUCAUUGAUCUUGAGAACAGGUUCCUUUCUCGCUUUGGAGCUCAUUGUGGCAUACCACAGCAGUAUUGCAUUUCAGGUGUAAAUACCUGGCGAGAUCAACUGAAGCCAACACACAUGUUGCAAAAUAUAGCCAGGUUUAAAGGCUACUCUCCUCCUAUCCUCUCAGAAAAUGGAAGCAGGAUUAACUAUGGAGGACGAGACUACACCUUGGAGGAAUUUGAGACUAACAAAAAAUUGCAUCAGCACCUUGGACCGGGUGAAGAGCGUCUAGCCCUUCAUAUCCUUAGAACCCAAGGCUUGGUCCCUGAACAUGUGGAGACAAGGACCUUAUACAGCACCUUCCAGCCCAACAUCUCACAAGGAAAGCUUCAGAUGUGGGUGGAUGUUUUCCCCAAAAGCUUGGGACCUCCUGGCCCUCCCUUCAACAUCAAUCCCCGCAAAGCCAAGAAGUACAUCAUGCGGGUGAUUAUUUGGAACACAAAGGAUGUCAUUCUGGAUGAAAAAAGUAUCACAGGGGAAGAAAUGAGUGACAUCUAUGUGAAAGGCUGGAUGCCUGGCAAUGAAGAAAAUAAGCAGAAAACAGAUGUGCACUAUAGGUCACUGGAUGGUGAAGGGAAUUUUAACUGGAGAUUUCUUUUCCCUUUUGAAUACUUUCCAGCUGAGCAACUCUGUAUGGUUUCUAAAAAGGAGCAUUUUUGGAGUCUCGACAAAACAGAAUUCAGAAUCCCACCCAAACUGAUCAUUCAGAUAUGGGAUAAUGACAAGUUCUCCUUGGAUGACUACCUGGGUUUUGUUGAACUUGAUUUACACAACACAGUUAUUCCAGCAAAAGCUCCUGAAAAAUGCAAUAUAGACAUGAUUCCAGAAUACAAGGCAAACAACCCUCUCAAGGCUCCCAAGACUGUCUCACUCUUCGAACAGAAAUCCAUGAAGGGGUGGUGGCCAUGUUACACAGAAAAGGACGGCUCACGUGUUUUGGCUGGUAAAGUUGAGAUGACUCUGGAAGUCCUCAAUGAAAAAGAGGCUGAGGAAAGGCCAGCUGGUAAAGGAAGAGAUGAACCCAACAUGAACCCCAAGUUAGACCUACCAAACCGACCAGAAACUUCCUUCCUUUGGUUUACAAAUCCAUGCAAGACAAUGAAAUUUAUUGUGUGGCGCAGAUUUAAAUGGAUCUUCAUAGGCAUUAUCAUCCUACUGAUUGUAUUGUUGUUUCUGGCGAUACUCUUAUAUUCACUGCCGAAUUAUAUAUCAAUGAAGAUUGUGAACCCAAUCUAAAGAAGAGGAUUUAUUUUUACAUUUUGAAUAGCAAUAAGGUAGUUUUACUUCAGGACCAAAUUCAGCAAGGCUUGCUUCAUGGUUUUAACCUUGUUCUCUUAUAUGCUAAACUAGGAAAUAGAUAAGGGAUAAGAAUUUAACCAAGGUUAGCCAAGGUUCAUGGGGUAUUGACUAAUGUAGAAAGUCAUGUUCUGUUUAUGUUUUGACUUUGAUAACAUCUGUAUGUGGUAAAAAUCCGUCUUCCUUGCUUUUAAACUAGAUUUUUCAUAAAAAAUUCUCCAGUUGCUCUUAUUUUUUUUUUAACGGGUACUUUAUUUUGAGAAUUAUUUUCUACUCUCUCUCGACUUAGUAAAAAAACCAAAACAAUCACUACUUAUAUUUUUGUAUAUCAAACAAACAAAAAGUGCAAUAAUGUUCUGCCAUUGUAUUUUGAAAAGGUUGCAAUAUUGCUAUACUUAAAAUCAUUUUUAGAGCUGUACUUUAAACUGUAUGAGCACAGAAAUGAAA